AUGACUAAAUCAUUUACAAUACGUACAUAUUUGAUUUUUGCUUAUAUCAACACAAUAUUUUUGGUGUUGGCUGUUUUAUCUAUCGGUAUUCAUAUCAGUCGUACAGAAGAAAAACAUAAGAUCAAUGUUCAAUUUGAUGGAUUUAAUUCAAAUAAAUCUUCAAUAUAUCAAUAUAUUAAUAUGACCUAUCCUGAAGAAAUAAUUCACUAUCCGAUAUUUGAACAAUUUUCAAAAAUUAAAUUAUGUGAAAACUAUCAUUAUUCUAUAGAAUUUGGAAAAUUUGUUGCUAUAUUAUCAACAUUCUAUGAUACGUUAUUACCAUUUGUACUUUAUGGUCUUCCAAUAGCUCCAUUCAUAAUAAUGUGCAUCACAUCAAUAGUAAUUUUCUGUAUAAAUUUUACAAGUGAUAUCGUAAUAAUUAUGAUAUUAGAAAUUAGUCUCAUAUUAACUGGCUAUAUAAUUAUAUUUAUUCGAUGUACUAUACCAAAACUUGAUGAUAAUAUUGUAAAUUGUUGGUUAAAAGUGAAACGAUUGUAUGUCAGUGAUACUAAUGAAUCUAUUGAUGAUAAAUUUUAUAUUAAACAUGACAUAUAUAGUGAUUGUUGA